ACGUAGCCCACUGAGUAUAAAAGCCCAGCACCUAAGCAGCUCGCCCCCUCGUCUUUCCUUUUCCUCCUCCGUGUGGUGUUGCCUGGGUGCCUGCAAUAAAAUCUCUUGACCGCGACCAGCGUGUCUGGUUUGAGCCCGAUCAGGUCCGACUCUUUCAAUCUCUCCAGUCCUGCAAAGCUGUCUCUUGGAGGAGAAAUCUACAUUCUGAAGAAAAUCCACUUCCUUUUCUGGGCCUUUUUCCUGAUCCAGGAGAGUGUCGGCUCUGGCAGUACAUAGUGCUGGUCCCAUCACACCUCUACACUGGAGUUCCUGAAAAGUCCUGUGUCAUCCUUAAUCACCUGAAUGAGACGGUGGCACUGAAAGUAACUCUGAUGUACGAAAUGCAGAAGAGGUCCCUCCUCACAGACCUGGUGACGAAGAGUAACUAUUUCUACUGCAGUUCCUUCAUGGGACUAACCAGGAAGACAGAAACUCCUAAUGGCUGAGAAAUUCAGAAGUAAGUCUGGGCAGAUUCUUCAGCUCAUUUCUGUUUUACAGAUUCCAGAAUUACCAUCUUCCUGGGUGGCCAUUGCUGUGGAGGUAAAGGGGGCAACCCUGCAUUUCACAAAGAGCAAAUCAAUACAUAUAACUACAGCAAAGAACCUAGUCUUUGUCCAGACAGACAAACCUAUAUACAAACCAGGACAAACAGUGAAAUUCCGUGUUGUCUCUAUGGAUGUCAAUUUCCACCCUUUGGAUGAAAUGUUUCCGGUGGUUUAUAUUGAGGACCCCAGGAAGAACCGAAUUUUCCAAAGGCAAAGUCUCAAAUUGCAAGGGGGACUCAACCAACUCUCUUUCCCGCUAUCAGUGGAGCCCAUUCUGGGUUCCUACAAGAUCAUGCUGCAGAAAGAGUCAGGGAAGAAAAUACAGCACUCAUUUGAGGUGAAUGAAUAUGUUUUGCCUAAAUUUGAGGUCCAAGUAAAAAUGCCCAAGGUUAUUGGUUUUCUAGAUGAAGAAUUUGUGGUAACCGCCUGUGCCUUGUACACAUAUGGGGAGCCUGUCCCUGGUCUGGUGACACUUAGUGUAUGCAGAAGAUAUUCACUAUGCCAUUCCAACUGCCACAACACACGUUCACGAAGUAUCUGUGAAGAAUUCAGUCAACAGGCAGACACUGAAGGAUGUUUCACACAACUCGUAAAAACUAAAAUAUUUCAGCUGAGACAAAAAGAGUAUGACAUGACAAUACAUGUCGAAGCGAAGGUCAAAGAGGAAGGAACCGGAUUGAAAUUAACUGGGCAUGGAUCAUGUGAAAUCACAAAUACCUUAAGGAUACUGAGAUUUACUAAAGUAGAUUCACAUUACAGAAGUGGACUCCCCUGGUAUGGACAGGUAGAGAGAAGAUCAUGAGAAAAACUGAUGACUUGAAGGGUCUAUAACUUGCUACCAGUAAAGAGUCCAUUUACCUUUAGAGUUGGAGGUCCUGCGGAUGAAUAUGAUGAAGAGUACA